AUGAGGUUCCGUAUCUACAAAUGGAAGGUGCUAAUCCUGACGCUCGUGGUGGCCGCCUGCGGCUUUGUCCUCUGGAGUAGCAAUGGGCGACAAAGAAAGAGCGACGCCCUUGCCCCGCCGCUGCUGGAUGUGGAGCCCCUACGGGGUGCGGGCCAUGUCUCCAUGGCCGUGUCCGUAGACAUCCGCAGGGUUUCUAACGAAUCGGCCGCUCCUCUGGUUCCCGCGGUCCCGUGGCCCGAGGUGGACAACCUAACACUGCGGUACCGGUCCCUGGUGUACCAGUUGAACUUUGAUCAGAUGCUGAGGAAUGUCGAUAAUGUCGGUACCUGGAGCCCCGGAGAGCUGGUGCUGGUAGUCCAGGUGCAUAACAGGCCGGAAUACCUCUGGCUGCUGAUAGACUCGCUUCGCAAAGCCCAGGGUAUUCAUGAAGUCCUAGUCAUCUUUAGCCAUGACUUCUGGUCCGCAGAGAUCAACAAUCUUAUCUCUAGGGUGGAUUUCUGCCCGGUUCUGCAAGUGUUCUUUCCAUUCAGCAUACAGCUGUACCCGAAUGAGUUUCUGGGUAGUGACCCCAGAGAUUGCCCCAGAGACCUAAAGAAGAAUGCAGCUCUGAAAUUGGGGUGCAUCAAUGCCAAAUACCCGGACUCCUUUGGCCAUUACAGAGAGGCCAAAUUCUCACAAACCAAACAUCAUUGGUGGUGGAAGCUACAUUUUGUAUGGGAAAGAGUCAAAGUUCUUCAGGAUUACGCUGGCCUUAUACUUUUUCUGGAAGAGGACCACUACAUAGCCCCAGACUUUUACCAUGUCUUCAAAAAGAUGUGGAAAUUAAAGCAGCAGGAGUGUCCUGGGUGUGACGUCCUCUCUCUAGGGACCUACACCACCAUUCGGAGUUUCUAUGGCAUUGCUGACAAAGUAGAUGUGAAAACUUGGAAAUCGACAGAGCACAAUAUGGGGCUAGCCUUGACCCGAGAUGCACAUCAGAAGCUGAUCGAGUGCACGGACACUUUCUGUACUUACGACGAUUAUAACUGGGACUGGACUCUUAAGUAUUUGACUCUAGCUUGUCUUCCUAAAAUCUGGAAAGUCUUAGUUCCUCAGGCUCCUAGGAUUUUUCAUGCUGGAGACUGUGGUAUGCAUCACAAGAAAACAUGUAGGCCAUCCACCCAGAGUGCCCAAAUUGAGUCAUUAUUAAAUAAUAACAAACAGUACCUGUUUCCAGAAGCUCUAGUUAUCGGUGAGAAGUUUCCUUUGGCAGCCAUUUCCCCUCCUAGGAAAAAUGGAGGGUGGGGAGAUAUUAGGGACCAUGAACUCUGGAAAAGUUAUAGAAGACUGCAGUGA